GCUCAGGAGCCAUUUUGGUCCCACCUAAAUCAGAAGAGACCCGCUUCUCUUUGGGCCGCCGGAGAUGGAAGGAACCGAACCCACGGCGAACCUGUCAGUGUCCCGGAGCCACCGAGAAGAAUCCAAAUAGUCACAUCUGUUGCUGAACGGAUUUGUCUUUUAGGGAGGAGGAAAGAAAAAAAAAAUCGUGUUUUGACGACCAUCGAUGCCUUCACUGACUCAAAGACAAACGGACACUGAUUUCGUCUGUGUUUCGGGUGGAAAACAGGCCAUGGAUAGUUUCUCUGCGUCAUGUAAAAACUAAAAAUCUCAUUUUGUACUCUUUAGUGAGUUUUUGUUUCGCUGCCUAGUAUCCCCGGUGGUUGACUUUAUCACGUCCGGUCUUGUCUGAAGAUUGUCACAAUCCAUGCUGAGGUUUUAUCACGAAGAGCUACAAAUCAAAGCAGACAGUAACUAGAUUUUUCGACGGUCCUGCUUCAGACCAUAUUUUGCACAUUAAACACGACUAAAGAUGACAACCAAGACCCCUUUACCUACGGUCAACGAGAAGCUGACGGAAAGUCACACCUCAUCACACACCAUUGGACGCCAGGAGCUCAGCGCGCGCUCAAGCCGGACCGGGAUGCGAUCCCGCAGCUCUGAUGAGCCGCAGCCGCCCCAUGUCGGAAACUACCGGCUGCUCAAGACCAUCGGCAAGGGCAACUUUGCUAAAGUCAAACUUGCCCGCCACAUCCUCACCGGCAGAGAGGUUGCCAUCAAGAUCAUAGACAAGACGCAGCUGAACCCCAACAGCCUACAGAAGCUCUUCAGAGAAGUAAGGAUAAUGAAGAUCCUAAAUCAUCCUAAUAUAGUCAAGCUGUUUGAAGUGAUUGAGACUGAGAGGACGCUCUACCUGGUGAUGGAGUACGCCAGCGGAGGCGAGGUGUUCGACUACCUGGUUGCACAUGGAAGAAUGAAGGAAAAAGAGGCCAGAGCUAAAUUUAGACAGAUCGUAUCAGCGGUGCAGUACUGCCACCAGAAGCAUAUUGUUCACAGAGACCUCAAGGCGGAGAACCUGCUUCUUGAUGCUGACAUGAACAUAAAGAUAGCUGAUUUUGGCUUCAGCAAUGAGUUCACGCUGGCCAACAAGCUGGACACGUUCUGUGGCUCGCCACCGUACGCAGCACCGGAGCUUUUCCAGGGGAAGAAGUACAACGGGCCAGAGGUGGACGUCUGGAGUCUGGGGGUCAUUCUAUACACGCUGGUCAGUGGCUCGCUGCCCUUCGACGGACAGAACCUCAAGGAGCUGCGUGAGCGUGUUCUCAGAGGGAAGUACCGCAUCCCCUUCUAUAUGUCCACAGACUGCGAGAACCUUCUGAAACGGUUCCUGGUGCUCAACCCGGCCAAGCGUGGUACUCUCGAGGUGAGGGAGGACGCAGAAAAUCAAAUCAUGAAGGAUCGAUGGAUCAACUCAGGAUUUGAGGAGGAUGAGCUUAAACCAUACUCCGAACCAGAACUGGACAUCACGGACCAGAAGAGAAUAGAUGUGAUGGUGGGGAUGGGCUACAACCUGGAGAAGAUCCAGGACUCUCUGGCCAAGAUGAAGUAUGAUGAGAUCACAGCGACCUACCUGCUGCUGGGCAAGGAGGCUUCCGAGCUGGACCCCAAUGAUCCUGCCUCCAGCAGCAAACCCAGACCCAGCAGCGAGCUCAACGGCCAGUCACCCUCCCACCUCAAAGUCCAGAGGAGCGCCUCCUCCAACCAUAAACAGAGGCGUUACAGCGAGCAGGUCAGUCAGAACGUGCCUCCGGGGAUGACUCACCCAAAGAGGAGUCAGACCACCACCGCGGAGAGCAGCAUGAAGGAGGAAGGUGGAGUCCAGCUCCGGAAACCCAGCACUCCAGGGAGCCGAGGUGCUCCUCCCUCCAGCCCUCUGCUGGGCAACGCCAACAACCCCAACAAGGCUGACAUCCCUGACCGGAGGAAAGGAGCCGCCACUGGCCUGAGUAUUAACACAGCGUCGGCAGGUAUGACCAGGAGGAACACCUACGUCUGCAACGACAGAAACAACACCGAUCACCUGUCCGUCAUCCCCAACGGGAAGGAGAACAGCAUGAAUGGGAUGGAUUGUACCACUAGUCCCUCUGCUGCCUCGUCCAGUUCGGUGCAGCAGAGAUAUCAAACCGUCGACCCCUUGUAUGCUUGUCAGGCUGGCUGGGCCGCGCUGCCCCACUCCUACUACGCUCUGGAUCAAUGCUCGGCCAACAGCGUUGCCGUCUCACCCAGCAGCCAGAGGAACCCAGUGGCUUCCACCCACAGCAUCUCCAACACCACCACGCCCGAUCGCCUCCGCUUCCCCCGCGGCACCGCCAGCCGCAGCACCUUCCACGGCGACCAGCUGAGAGACCGCCGCACGGCCACUUACAAUGGUCCACCGGCCUCCCCCACCCUCUCCCACGAUGCCACCCCUCUCUCCCAAACCCGCAGUCGUGGAACCAGCAACCUCUUCUCCAAACUCACAUCCAAACUCACCCGCAGGGUUUACCGCUACACCGGUUACCGUGGCAACCCUAGUCAGGAAUGGUGUCGGAGUGGCUGUUGGAGUUGGAAUGUGGGGGAUAGGUGUUCAGCUGUGGCCAGCAGUUUGAGAAGUCACACAGGUUUUGCUGCUUCAGUGUUUUUAAGUCUUUCUGUCAGAUGUUGCUUUGGCAACAUUAGCUGCAGAGGCUUUUAUUGAAUUUUCAUUAAUAGUGAGUCAGUAUGUAUUGUGUUCUUCUUUAAAAACCUCUAAUUUACCCUGGCAUGCUGUCAGUCAGAUUCAAGAUCAGUUCAUCUGGACCCAACAUGCUGAUGUGUAGAUCCUGGUCCCCUUUGGGCCUUUUCCACCACCCAAACUGGCAUGGAAUGGGACGGAUCGGGUCGCUAAUUUUUCUGUUCCGAUUGUAAAACCGAUUCAGACAACUGACUCGGACCACUUCAGUCGUGGGACCUUUUGGGCUCGUAGGCCCAGAAAAUCCUGGAGCGGUACAGUUAGGGUGGAGCAACAACACAGUCCACAGAAACAUGUGACUACUUCAAAAAACGUAAACAAACGUGUUCCGUUGUUUGUAUUUUCGUUAGCUGUACAUAACCGUGAAAAACUUGCAGCAAGUUUUGGUCACCUUCAGAGUUCCAUACAUUUCUCACCUUCAUCAUGAGAGUCCACAGGAGGAGCUAGACGGAUCGGUAGUUUUUUUCUCAGCAGAUGGCAGCCGAAGGCUCAAAGCAGACGUCGGCUCAGUGUUGGGCCAAGGUGAAGAAAUUAAAGCCCAAUAUAGUUAAUAGUUAAGGACAGAAACAGCCGGAGUGGAUAUUUUUUCGGAUGGGAGAAAUACACGGAGUUGCUACGACGCGCUGGAUGCUAUUUAUUAUCGAGGCAGAGGGGCAGACUUCUGGACUUGGCGACUGCACUCUGGAGUCACAUGUGGAGGCUGUGGUAAGCAUUUUGUUUUUGUCUUUAGCUCUGUAGACCAGUUAUUGCUGCACAGACAUACUGAAUAGUUUCACAACUUUUAAAAUCUAGCAUGAUUGUUCGUCUAACCCCGCCUGUCGACGUGAUGGCCCAAACUCCGAUCAAAGCGCUUGUCUGAAGACUCUAGACCUAUCCUAAAACAUACCGGUCCUAAAAUAACCAGACUGGACCGUUCCAGACCUGGCGAUGGAAAAGAGCUGUAGUUCUGACUUCAGCCUUCUGGCCUGGUACUGCAUCAUGCUGAGGAAGACAUUAGUCAUCACCAAACUGGUGUUGGGUGGUUGGAGGAAUUCCUCUGGGAGGAUUUUUUGGUACUAUUCAUUGCCCAUGGCUGUUUAGAGGCUAAACUGUGAGUGAAUCCCCUCCCCUGACUACGAAACACACACACACACACACUGUCACAAGAUGCUUUACUGUCAGGAGUUAUGUGAAUCGUCGUCAUUAAGACUAAAGCAGCAAACUUUGUGUGAAAUAAAAUGUGUAUUCCUCUAAUUUUGUGUCGCAGUUGUUCAGCAGCAUCAGUCGUUCUCCACUCUCGACCUUCUGGAGAACACUGUUGUCACCAAACCUCACAGAUCAGAUUCUAACUCAGGACAACAAAAUGUUCUAAUAUCAGAAAUCCAGAUUUCAUCCUUUUGGACCUUUCCAGACUUUCGUCCUAAUGGCCUAAACGGAUGUUUCCCAAGGCUCGUCGUGUUUUGAGUUUAAGUGUUCAGAUUUUAACAUAAUUAACCCCGUUUAAAUUAAAGAUUAACAACAUGACUAGUUGGAAAUAAUGAUGAUGAUGAUGUAUCCUGCCAAUUGAUGAAGUGGAAAAUUAAGCAAUGCAGUAUUGAAAACAGUUUAUGAGUGGUUAAUAUUUAAUGAGGUUUUUAUUUGUUCGGACAUGUAAGGUUGUGUUGUGAGUUUACCUUGACAUGUUUCGACCGGUGACUGCUGUCUUCGUCAGAAGUGUCACAUGUUCAUCAAGUGUCAUGUUCUUGAUGACAGCUGAAACAACGUUCAAAGAACGGUUCGGAGGGCUAUGCCUGAGCGUGAACGCGCAUGAAGCAGCCUGCUCGACCCGAGCAUCUCUCUUUUUCUGUGAUUUUACAGAAAAAUAGGCAAUCACAGUAAAAAUGCCAGGGCUCAUUCUACAGGACCAGGGCAUUGCAGGAGGAUGUAUGAAGAAGACAUUUAUUAUUUCUAUACAUGUUUUGGCUGUCACACUUCCAUAAUGUCCCUUUAAAUAUUUAGGAAGAGGACAUAAUGACCGUUGUGAAGUGAGUGGUUAAUAGUUGAUUAGUUCAUUGUGGUAGUUCUUAAUUUUAUUUGUAAAGGUCUUACUCAGUCCUGAAAAGUUAUCAAAUUUUAUUUUGAGAUCCCUGCAUUUACCCGGUUUUUCUACAUAACCUUUAUCUGCUCUUGACUCAAAGAAAAGCCCAGGUCUAAAUAGUCCAGAGUUGAUGCCAAAGCCGUUUCAAACAAGCCGCCGCCAUCUUUGUCAUAUCUCUCAGUCAAAGUAACAUCCCGCCCACCAAAGUGAUACAGCACUGUGAUUGGCCCACAAGACAGAGCGCUGUGAUUCGUUCACCAGACUGAUAUGGGCCAUUCCCAUCUGUACCAGGUCGGCCCGGGCUGGGUAGCCCCAGUCGGCCCCAGCCUGGCCCGGUUGAUUCCACACAUUCUUGCCUUAAGCCCAUGUGGGCUGAUUCUACCCACCAAUCAGAGGCUUGCUCUAAUGGAAGGUGUGAAUUUGCUGUCAGCAGUGGGUGUGUUGGCCCUGGUCGGCCUGAAGCAGACCCCCUCGAGAAGAGGGCUGAGAAUGAGCCUUGGUUGGCCCGGAAAGAUACCAGGCCACCCAGAUAUGUAAACAACCUACGCUACCCGG